AUGGGGGGAUUUUUGUGGUCAUCAUCGGCGUUCGAUUCGAAGUCUGGCCAAAUGAUACUGAUUGUACUUUUGGUAAUGAUUGCUUCUUUUUACACGGGCACUCUCUUCGGCCGCAACUCUCCCAUUUAUGUCCCACAGCAACAACAACAACUUGCCCCCUCCAAUUCUUCAUCAUUCUCUGGUAUUACUCUAUUUACAAACAAAAUUACUCUUUCUUACAGAAAAGCACCACUUACAAUCCCUGAAACUGGGAUGAACAUAUGUCCGUUGACUUUCAAUGAGUAUAUCCCUUGCCAUGAUGUUUCUUACGUGAAAGAACUGCUGCCUAAGUUAGAUCUUUCCAAGAGAGAAGAUCUGGAGAGGCAUUGCCCUCCACUUGAAAGGAAGUUGUUUUGCUUGGUACCACCACCAGGUGAUUAUAAGCUACCAAUAAGAUGGCCAACCAGUCGGGACUAUGUUUGGCGAAGCAAUGUGAAUCAUACUCGUCUUGCUGAGGUAAAGGGAGGACAAAAUUGGGUACAUGAGAAGAAUGAACUGUGGUGGUUUCCAGGUGGUGGUACUCAUUUUAAGCAUGGAGCUUCUGAGUACAUUGAGAGGUUAGGAAACAUGACAACUAAUGAGAGAGGUGAUUUGCGUUCCGUUGGAGUAUUUCAAGUUCUGGAUGUUGGUUGUGGGGUUGCCAGCUUCUCUGCUUAUCUUCUUCCCUUGAAUAUACAAACUAUGUCAUUUGCUCCCAAAGACGGUCAUGAAAAUCAAAUUCAGUUUGCUUUGGAGCGAGGAAUUGGUGCAAUGAUUUCGGCUUUAGCCACAAAACAGUUGUCAUAUCCGAGCAGCUCUUUUGAAAUGGUCCACUGUUCAAGGUGUCGUGUUGAUUGGCAUGAAAAUGAUGGUAUUCUACUCAAAGAGGUGAAUCGUCUACUGCGGUCCAACGGAUAUUUUGUCUACUCAGCUCCACCUGCUUACAGAAAGGAUAAAGAUUUUCCAGUAAUCUGGGAUAAGUUGAUGAACCUGACUACUGGAAUGUGCUGGAAACUUAUUGCGCGGAAAAUUCAGACUGCUAUCUGGAUUAAGCAAGAAAAUGACACAUGCCUCCUGCACAAUGCAGACAAGAAGCUUGUAGAUAUUUGUGACUCUGUUGAUGAUUCCAAAGCAUCCUGGAAAACAGCGCUGAGGAACUGUAUAACACUAAGUAGUGCAAGAUCAAAAUCUCAAAAACUCCCUCCUAGGCCACACCGUCUUUCUGUGUAUUCUGAAAGUCUCAAAAGCAUAGGCAUCAAUCAAGAAGAAUUUUUAUCAGAUACCAUCUUUUGGCAAGAUCAAGUUCGCCACUACUGGAGAUUGAUGAAGGCUGACGAGACAGAAAUACGAAAUGUCAUGGACAUGAAUGCCCUUUUUGGUGGAUUUGCAGUUUCUUUGAGUACGUGGCCUGUUUGGGUGAUGAACAUAGUUCCUAUAAGCUUGAAUAAUACCUUGUCUGCUAUUUUUGACCGGGGUCUGAUCGGUGCUUUUCAUGACUGGUGUGAGCCAUUCUCAACUUAUCCACGUUCAUAUGAUCUGUUGCAUGCCUACCAUCUUUUCUCUCACCAUAAAUACGCUGGCGAAGGUUGCUUACUUGAGGAUAUCAUGUUGGAGAUGGACCGUAUUAUCCGCCCUCAGGUAAACAAUAUGGGUUAA